AUGGACUCAUUACCACCCGAUCCCUAUCUGGCUCUCGGAGUCGCAAAGGACGCGACCGCCGCUGCCAUCAAGACACAGUACCGGAAGCUUGUUCUCAAGUGCCACCCCGACAAGGUGCAGGACGAGAGUCUGAAGCAGGAGGCUUCCGAUCGCUUUCACAAAAUCCAGACCGCCUAUGAGAUAAUAGGCGAUGAGGACCGGCGGUCGCGCUAUGAUGCGCAGUGCAAGCUGGCCGAGCUGAGGAAGGAUGUGAUGGAGAGGGGCGGUGGUGGCUCUCGGGGUGGUGUAGAGGUGAAGACGGCCGGCUAUAAGAUGCCUACGGACUCAUCACGUGGUGGAGACUUUUAUGCGAAAGGCCCGGAUCGGUACACUCGAGUGUCGCCCCAGUAUGAAGAGCGCCGGCCGAGUUACGUGCCCGAGGACUACUUCAACAUGCCUAGAGCCACCUCGCGAAAGCACGACGAGUACGACCGGUCGUCGAAACGGCCUUCGCCAAAGGAUGAUAGACCGAAGGCUAAGACGUCCAGUCGAGAGGCGAAGGAGAGUGAGCGGUCGAGCAGGAAGGAGAAGAGUCGGCGCACAGACAAGGACGUGCGGAGAGAUCGCGAGCGCAAAUCCUCCUACACCCCCGUCGAGGAAGAAGACAGCGAGUACGACUCGUACGAGCGAAGGGCCAGGAAGAUGCGUGAUGAGGACGAUCUUCUGCGGAAGGAGAGAGCGGCAUAUCAGGACAUCAUGCGCAAGCAGAAAGAAGAGGCAGAAAGUGGUGUCUACCAGUCUGAAAGGGCGAACAAGAUGUUCAGCAAUAUGAGCUCUGCGACCGAUCGCAUAAGACAAGAUCGAGCCAUGCGGGACAGAGACAGCGUUGCCGACGCAGAGCUGCGACCACCUCCGGUCAGAUAUUCCUCAUCCAAAGACAAAGUGAAUGUGCUUCGCGGGGAGGAAGUCAGACCAUCCAUGGGCUCGCGCAAGGACUCUGGCCGGCCCAAAUCAUCAAGACACGACACUGGCAAGUCUUCCCGCCAGAAAGAGCGUGAGGCUGAGUACGUUGAAGAAGUGCGUGAACCCAGAAGGUCUGGAGCACGGGACGGGAAACAGCCUCCACCUUUCGUCCAGACCAAGUCCGCACCUGAAAACAUUCGUCCAGGGUUCGACCGACAACGUUCAUACUCGGUGCAAGAAGACUUUACUGAGCCUCCUAUCCCGCAUAUCAAGCGCGCCGAAACAUUCAACGGUGCAGCCGGCCGCGAGCCUCGUGGACGCAAGGAGGGCUCGAAGCUUCGACAAGAAGAGGCCUACAUCACACCAGAACGGACUCCAGAGCCUGCUGAUAUUCGGAGUAGCAAACGAAACGAUGGUUAUGUGGACGACAAUGAAGUGUUCACUGAAGUCCGAGAGCCGUCGGGUAACCGUCGCUACACCCGAAGUCCUUCCCCCAUCAAGGAACGACAAAGGCCUGCUGCAUCAAGACAUGCUACUGCGCCAGUACCGCCACCAAUGCCACGCACAACCAGUCACAGGUAUGUCUAUGGCGCCAGCGGUGAACAAUCUGCUCGCCCGGAACCGGUCCGCCAGGGCAGCACCCGGCUCUUCGGGGAGAUGGACCGGAAGUCACCAAAGCCUAGUCGAGCCUACUCGUACGCGCCGCCAGCAGAGAACAUCAAGUAUCGGAAAGACUACGACCACGCCGACGUCAAGUACAGCAACAUGAGUACGGGCUACGACAGAAAAUCCGACAAGCCUGGUUACAGUCGUGGCAACAGCGGUCGACAGGCAGUCUACGCAUCGUAG